UCGUGCUUUUCACUGUUCAUCAUCUCGUCAUCGGAGUUGUUGCCAGCCAGCCAGCCAGCCAUGCCCGCAGGCUGUAGCGUCAGAGCUAUCUGGAUUCUCAACAACCUCGACGCUGUUGUAUUCUCCAGGAGAUUUCCGGUUGUGGAGAAGCAUUGGCGAUCUGCUUGCAAGAGCGAGAAUGAUAAAUCAAGCGGUGAUGAGUUGAGUUCCAGUGCCACUGUGUACACCUUGUUACCCAGCGACUCUGAGCUUGCUGCUGCAUUUCUAGAAAGAAAGCAAAGGGAAGGAUCUGCGCGUGGGUUCGGCAUGCGCUUAAGUCAGUCAUCUCCCGGAUCCGAUUCUUGGGUGGAUGAUCCCAUUACACGUCAUAUCAUAGGCCUGUACAUAAAUAAGGAACAGGAGGGGGAUAAAAAUCUUUUAUGGCCUUUAAUCUUGCAUGUAAGAGGGCAUUACGUUGUACUUGUUCUGCCGUUGGUUGAGCCUAGGCAUUUGAAGGGAUAUGCAAAGUUAUGCAAAAGGUCUGAUUGUGGAAAUGCUCUUGGAGUGGAUGCUAGUUUGUCCUCGCUCUUGCUUGAUCUUCCUUCGAUCACAGGGGCAUUUAUGGUGGCACAUGUUAUAGGUGACAUAGUUACUGGCGACACAAUAGAACCUGAAGUAGUUGUGAGUACAGCUCCCUCUGUCGGAGGGUUGUUUGAUUCACUAACUGGUAGUAUAGGCAUAUCAGGCAUCUCUUCCAGGGCAAAACCUGUGGCUCCGCCCACCGCAUCUUCCUCCCCUGCGAGCACAGCUGCAUCUGGAACAGUUAUGACAGAUACUCCAAAGCCUGGGUCUAAGCUUUUUGAUAAAGAUGCACUGAGAACAUUUAUCAGUAGUUCAAUGCCCUUUGGUACACCAUUGGACCUUAACUAUCCCAACAUUUUUACUAUCAAGGCCAAUGGCUUUUCAGCGUCAGAUUUGCCUUCUACAGACCAGAAGCAACCGGCCUGGAAGCCAUAUCUUUACAAAGGAAAGCAAAGAAUCCUGUUUACAAUUCAUGAAACUGUUAAUGCAGCCUUGUAUGAUAGAGAUGAGAUUCCAGAUAAUAUAUCAGUUUCGGGUCAAGUAAACUGUCGAGCUGAACUAGAAGGGAUGCCAGAUGUGUCACUUCCUUUGGCAGGAUUGAACACCACAAAAGUUGAGGUUUUGUCAUAUCAUCCUUGCACUCAAGUUCCAGAACAAGGUGUGGAUAAGCAGGCCGUGAUGUUUUCCCCACCAUUAGGGAAUUUUGUGUUGAUGCGUUAUCAGGCAACUAGUGCCCUUGGGCCACCCAUAAAGGGGUUUUAUCAGUUGUCGAUGGUCUCUGAGGAUAAAGGUGCCUUUCUGUUUAAGUUGCAUCUGAUGGAAGGCUAUAAGGCUCCUUUGACAAUGGAGUUCUGUAACGUGACUAUGCCCUUUCCCAGGAGGAGGAUUGUGUCCUUGGAUGGGACUCCUUCUGCAGGUACAGUUUCGACUUCUGAUCACUCUGUUGAGUGGAAAAUUGUGACUAGUGGACGGGGACUCUAUGGGAAAAGUAUUGAGGUGACCUUCCCUGGAACAAUCAAGUUUGCUCCAUGGCAACACCUGAGGACUUCGUCUGUGUCAUCCUAUUCCCAUGCAAGCAGUAUUGAUGAGGAUAGUGAUAAUGAGACAGAAAAUAGUAGCAACAUGGUAAAUGAAGAACACUUCAUGGAGAAAAUGAAUAAAGAUCUUCCUCCUGCUGAUCUUGAGGAGCCAUUUUGCUGGAAGGCAUACAAUUACGCUAAAGUUUCAUUCAGGAUUGCUGGUGGAUCACUAUCUGGAAUUACCAUUGAUCCAAAAUCUGUAAGCAUUUACCCAACUGUCAAAGCACCUGCGGAAUUUUCAACUCAGGUUAUUUCUGGGGACUAUAUAUUGUGGAACACUCUUGGCAAAUGUCCAUACGUUGCCGUUGGAAAAAUGGAAAAGAUGUGAGUACAGGAGUAUAAAUGUGGCAACACAUAAGAUCUUGCAUCUAAAUAGCCAGGAUAUCAUUGGAUUUGUGACGGAACAUCUGAACUGGCAUCAACUGAGUAAUGAUGACAGUCUAUUGUUGCCAUGUUCAGACAUAUGAUGGCCUUACAUGUGUUGCAUGAUGUGCCGAAAUUUUUGUUGCGGAUUGAAUUGAGAAACAUUAAUGUAAAUGGGGAAUGGAUGGAACUUGUACUACAUGUAAUAGGCGCACUGGUUUUCCACUUGCGACACAAUUUUCUGUUGAGCAUAUUGAUUGGGAUUAUUUUAUGUUAAGCUCUCUUGAUGUUUACCAUUAGCAUAUAAUUGCAGUGCUUAAUCUUUUUCUGGUCGCUCAGUGGAUGGAGAAAUCUUAUCCUUAAAACGGUGGCAGCAGCCUUACUUUCUGU